AUGGAUCCGGGCAUCCUUUGUUUCCACCAUUGUGACCACAAAGUUUUUUGUACUAUCAUUCCGGAACAAUGUCCAGUUUGCCAACAAAACCUGGAUAGAUAUGAUUAUAAGCUUCUACCAUUCAGAGUGCCAUAUCCUUUCGUGAAAGCAUCUCAACAUCCAAGAGCUAUAGUUAUGAAACCUACACAUGGGGAUUUCCUUAAUGACUAUUACAAUUCCAAGGAUUUACACAUAGGAGUCACUAACUCUCAUGGUUAUGUUAUUGAGUUUAGUGAGGAGGGUAUUCGAGGUGUUGAUCCUGAAACAAAGAAAUGGAGUAAUUCUGACACAAGCUCGGACUGGGAUCAGUGUCUGAUGCUGGAACAAUUUGAUGAGUUGUGGAAUGAAAUAUGGGAUAGUGUACUUUUAAAGAUUAGUGUUAGCCCACUGUGGGAAGCUGACAGAUAUGAUGAAGAAAGACAUAACUGCUUUACCUUUGUGCUUGCAUUCUUACGAGCACUUGAAUGUGGAGAACUAUCUGAGAAGGCUCAAGACCCCAAGCUGUUCUGUAAACAAUAUGUUGUUCCAAGAACAUCAGCUGCUGGAAAGUAUAUUUCUUUAUACAGGCAACUGAAACGACAAAAUUACUUCAUACAAAACCAAUGA